UGGCUAUGCAAAUAAACAAAACGUAUGAGCGAACAUGUGGUAAACACGGAUUCGUCAUUUAAAAUUUAAUUACCAAAUUAAUUAAGUAUUAAGUACAUACAUAAGUCGGGAUUCCCGAACUCGGGAAUAAUCCUCCCUGCUUAUGUACAUAUUUUCAUACUUUAUUUUACUUAUUUAAUUAGUAUGUAGGUGUGUAUACAUCUUAUGUUCUUCCCCAUCAGUUUGUACUUUCUACAUACACAAGUGUUUGGUAUUAAAUAUACAGAAGUGACAGACGAAAAGUGACAAAAUGUCAUCUGUGCCUUUUACGAGGAAUAUAAACCCGAGGACUUCCUCCGAGGUGCCGAUUUUAAUCAAGACGGGAUUGAAGGGAAAUUGUCAGUUUCAAGGGUUGACCUGCCUCUCAGGCCAGAAGGUGAUGGUCAACGUCGGUGUUACGUGGUGGGACGCGUUCGAGAUUCAUUUUGGGGUGCGGGUGAACCCAGACAUUUAUACAGUUCAGAGGCAGGCAAAGCCAGGGUUUGCAACCGUAAAACACGAUCUCAGGGAGCAGGUCAAGCAGCUUAUUACAGAGUUUCAAGUGCCAAAGCCAUUUUUUAUCAUCUAUCUCGUCCGAAGCAGAAAGCCUCCGCGUCCUCGCCAGGAUGAUAUGAGUAGACCGGCGUCGCCUUAUAUUGAGGCGCCACAACUAUCCCCCGCAACGACUGUUUACAGAGAAGAAAUUGAAAAGAAAAAGACUGAUUCGAACCGGAAGAGAACUGCUGCUGGCAAUUCGGGAAGGUCGUUUGCAGCUACUCGGCCGAUGUCACAAUUCGAGAAGAAUGUUCGAUUUGUCAAAUCAGGGCGGAAGCAUGGACCAGCUACUAAUCAAAUCUUUUCUCAGACCAACGAAGGUCAUAGCCGACCACAGAUGAUGACGAAUUUUCAUUAUCAUAAUGAGCGUGACGAAGAAAGCGAUGACGACGCUGGCAGCGAUAUCACUAGUGCCAGUCAAGACUCGCAAAUUGCAGAUCUGUACACACUAGGGAUUGGUCAGGAAUACAUCAAGUCGGAGGUUUGUAAUAGGGCGAUGUCAAACUAUACAAAUAUUCAGUUUUUGAAAAUGAGAAAUGAGUUGCAACAAUUUAAGAAGAAUACAGCCCGAUGGACCAAAUGGUUGACCAGGGCUCCCAUUACAUCAACCAUCUUUCGCGAGCUACUAGAUGUCUAAUCUCAGAAAGAAGAAAAUGACUGCUCUUAUUUGUGCUAUGUAGAAGAGACUACUAAUUUAACAAUGAAUUAAUUAUAUACCCGUAACUGGCUGUAUUCCUUAUGUAACGCCACAAUUUUCAUAGAGUAUUAUUAUUUUUUGGCGAUUACUUUCCUUCCGAUCAAAAGUGUACAAAUUCUACAUGACUACAUAAACCUUGUUCCGUUAUUAUAAUAUACGUUUUUAUACCGAAAUAAUCUAAUAAAAAUAAAGGACUGUUUAAAAUAAA